CAACCGGAGACUCUUUUGUUGAGUUGACCGAGCUGGUCUCUCGUUUCUCGGUUUCCGAGCAGUUAAUUCCCAGUUUUCCCGACGGAAUAGUGCCUUUCUUCAACCUCCUCACGGGACGAGAGGUGAACUUGCGCACGAGCGCGAUUCUUCAACACACAUUAUAACAGAAGGAUACUUCAUUUUGUUCAAACUGUUUUUUUCUUCUUCUGGAAACUCCUCUCCGCUUCUUUUUCCUUUCAAGAGCCCAAGCCCUUAAUGAAGCUGGGGGUCAGCGGCAGUGUGCGGCUAAUUGGCCAAGUUCGCUCGGGGCUUUGGCUACCUGUGAUUGAAGUGUGCAGUGAGCACCCACUGUGUAGCCGCUGCUGCACCCACCUCUGUUCCACUCCAGCAGCCAAGACACUCACUGCACCCCCGUCUGCCUUUCCCUAUCUAGGCUGAAGUCCAGAGGCGACAGCUUUUUCUGUGGUCGCUCCCAAGCUCUGGAACAGCCUUCCCCUACAGAUUAGAGAUGGCAAGCUGGAUCUCCCUCCUCCUCUUCCUUUUGUACCAGUCAACAUCACAAGCCAAGGAGAAUGACAAUGUUCCCUUCCCAUACUUCCUCUCUGAGACCUCUAUUAACAAUGUGGUCCAAGACCCUCAGACAGGCCGCAUUUACCUGGGAGCGAUCAAUAUGAUCUUCCAGCUCAGGCCGUCCCUCCACCUGGAGGCUCGAGCUGAAACUGGUCCCAAAGAAGAUGCUCGUACGUGCACGCCUCCAGCAUCAGCCUGCCAGGACACCAAGCCCAUGCCCAACCUUAACAAGCUUCUGCUCAUCCACCCAUCCAACAGCUCCCUUAUAGUCUGUGGCAGCCGCUACCGAGGGAUCUGCUCCCUCCUGAACUUGUCCAACGUGGAGCAACAGCUUUAUUACAGCGAUAGUAAAGGAGAGAGGACUUACGUGACGAGCAUAGAGGAUAACGUGAAUGUUGUAGGGGUUAUGUCCACCUACAGAAAAGAUGCACGCACCUUUGAUGUGUUUCUUGUUGGGAAGGGCUACGGAAGCCUGGACAGUACAAAACUCAUCAGCACACGAAUCCUUCAGGACUACAACGAGUGGGUGGUGUUUGAGAGCAUCAUCGAGGCUUCGACGGUUCAGACGACGCCGUUCGUCCCCAAGUACCUGCACGACUUCCAGCAUGCCUUCAAAGACAGUGGUUUUGUUUAUUUCCUGUUUUCUAGAACCCUUGAUGGUACAGAUAACAAAAACCUGACCUAUGUGUCUCGUCUCUGUGAAGAUGACCAACAUUACUAUUCCCACACUGAGCUCCAGUUGAACUGCGGACAGAAAAACAAGUACAACAAAGUUAGGGCUGCUUUUGUGGCUUCGCCGGGAAAAGAACUGGCUCUGGCCAUGACCGAAGCGGGUACGUAUGGGAAGGUCAACUCCUGGAAUAAAGUCCUGUUCAUGGUGGCGAGCUCAGAUGACGACGAGAACAAAUCUGCUCUGUGCAUGUACCCGCUCAACUCCAUCAAUGAGAGGCUGGUGGAUAUCAUCAGUGCUUGUUACAGCGAUUCAGGGAAGAUUUCAGGAUUUCCUGCUGUGGACAUCCCUUACUCAUUCAAAACUGAUUUCUGUUCAUCAAAAAUUGCCAAGGACAUGUUGAAAAACUACAAAUGCGGGGCAGACUUCCUGCCCUCCCCACUGGCGAGCAAGCCGAGGUAUGCCCUAGAGGCAACGGAAGUAUGGAGCACAUCGAGCCUUCUCACUGCUGUGGCUGUUGCUGUGGAAAAUGAUCACACCAUUGCCUUCUUGGGCAACAACCAGGGAGAUGUCUUCAAGAUACACCUGACAUUAACACCACCACCCUAUAUGUACAGCAAAGCUCCUGGUGGAACCUUUGGGGAGAAGGUCAACAAGAACCUGUUCUUUGACCUUGGGCUCAGCCACCUCUACAUAACCACAGACAAAAAGAUCACCAAGGUGCCGGUGCAGACGUGCCUCCAAAAGAAAGACUGCCAAUCAUGCGUGGGACUGAGGGAUCCUUACUGUGGCUGGUGCGUCCUGGAGGGCAGGUGUACCAGGAGGUCGGAGUGCCGACGGGCAGAAGAGAAGAACGGCUGGCUGUGGAGCCCUGGGCAGCAGUGUGUCAAGAUUGUAUCUUUCUUUCCCCCGAACCUUUCCUGCAAAAAGACAGACAAGAUACGGAUCAACAUUCCCUCUCUUCCUGCUAUUGGGCCAUCUGACCGUCUUCAGUGCAACAUUGACUCUUUUCAGAGUGAAGGCACCAUGCUGGACUCCAGUCAGGUCUUCUGUGACCUGCCGCAGCCCUCGCUUAUUCCACACACACCUGAAGACCAAGACUUUGUGGCCGUUUCCAUCAGGAUUUUUGUCAACGAGACUGUGGAGCUGGCCACGCGGGAGUUCAAGUUCUACAAUUGUGCUGCCACUGUUAGGAAAUCUGAAAACACACCGUGCAUGUCGUGUGUGAGCAGUUCAUGGGGUUGUCAGUGGAAUACACUUGAUCACACCUGCAGCGACAAGGAUGACGCCGUGGUGGGUCCAAACAUCAUCGGACACCGUAAGGGAUCAGAGUGUCCCCAGUUUGAGAACCCAGAUCCUGUCCUCAUCCCUGUGGGCCACAAGACUCGAAUCAGUUUUGAAGGGAUCAAUUUGAACAACCACAGGGAUCACGUUUUCACCAUCGGCACAGAACUGAUGAAGAAUGUGGAGGAAGAGGUCAGAUCAGAAGACGGACCGUUCUACACUUUCAGCGGCUUCAAUUUUUCCUACGACAAGUCACCAGAGACCAAUGUUCUUUUCUACGUGAAGGACAAGGACACAGGCAAGAAGAUGGACAGCACAUUAAAUGUCACCCUGUACAACUGCUCCAUGGGGAGGGAGGACUGCAGCCUCUGCAAGUAUGCCGACUCAAAGUACAGGUGUGUGUGGUGCAGCAAGCAGAACUCGUGUGUGUACGAGAAGCUCUGCAGCGCUUUACAGGGGGGUCCCCAAAACACAGAGUGCCCCAACCCCACAAUCACUAACAUCAUCCCUCGCUUUGGCCCCACGCUGGGAGGCAUCUCCAUCACCAUCCGGGGCUCUAACCUCGGCAUUCAUAAGGAAGAUAUUAAAAACAUCACAGUUGUCGGGGAGCCCUGCACCCACAAGGAGGAAAAGUAUUCAGUCUCCACCAGUGUGGUGUGUGAGAUCAAAGCGAUUGACCCUAAAAAGACACCCUGGGGUCAGGUAGAGGUGGUAGUAAACGGAGGGAAGAGAGGAACCUCCUCCAUGUACUUCACCUACAGGGACCCCAUUCCUGUUGAAGUGACACCUACUAAAGGCCCUAAAGCAGGGGGCACACUCAUUACCAUCUCUGGAACAUUCCUGGAAACUGGCAGUAAGGAGGAUAUCCUUGUUAACGUCGGAGGCGUGGACUGUUCUGUGGAGCACUUUGGGGAAGAGAUUAUCUGCAGGACAGGCGAAUACCGAGCAGAAAAGGUGCCCUCCGACCUUCUUAAAGUCACUAUUCAGUAUGGAAAGAACACCGUGAAAACCAUCUCAAGUGCCUUCCAGUUCAUGGAAAAUCCGAUUGUGCUGGGCCAUGAGCCCAAAACGAGCUUUGCCUGUGGAGGGAGGAACAUUUUAAUCACUGGCUCUGGUUUCGACCUAAUCCAGACUGCUCUCAUGAAGGUCCAGGGAGACAACUCAUCGGCUGUUGAGUACUCCCAUGAGAGGAACGACACCAUCAUCCAUUUUCGGUCUCCGGCCAUAAACAGAUCCCUGAGCCAACCCUUCAGAACCUACAUCCAGCUGGACAACUGGAUAAAGGAGCUGAAGCCCUUCGACUAUCACCCCGACCCCAGCUUCGAUGAGCUGACGAAGACGGUCAUCACUGAGACCAGCAUCAUCAUCGUCACUGGUCGAGGAUUCUCCAGAGCUAUGACAGCCAGCGAGGCUCAAGCGUUUGUGGGUGACGUUCAGUGUCUCGUGAACACACUUCAGGAUGAAAAACUGUUCUUGGACCCACCCUCCACCACGCCGCGCGCUCGCUCCAGACGCCAGCGCCGAGACACCCGGCCAGAGCUCCUGGAUCUUGUGAUCAAAUUUGGGAAAGGAGAAUGGAUGGUGGGCUCGGUGCAGUACCAGAAGAAGGAUGAUUUGUCUUUCUACAUCAUCAUCCCGGCCGUUAUCGUGCCCAUGCUGCUCAUCAUCAUUAUUUCUAUCUACUGCUACAGGAGAAAGAGUCAACAGGCAGAAAGGGAGUAUGAGAAGGUGAAGCACCAGCUCGACAACCUGGAGGAAAGUGUUCGAGAGCGCUGCAAGAAAGAAUUCACAGACUUGAUGAUCGAGAUGGAGGACCACACCAACGACGUGAGCGAGGGACGAAUCCCAUUUCUGGACUACAAGACCUACACCGACAGGGUUUUCUUCCUGCCCUCUAAAGACGGUGCGAAUGACGUGAUGAUCACCGGGAAGCUGGACAUCCCAGAGGCUCGAAAGGCUAUGGUGACGCAGGCGCUCAACCAGUUCUCCAACCUUUUGAACUCCAAGACUUUCCUCAUCAAUUUUAUCCGCACCCUGGAGCGCAGUCAUGACUUCAAUGCCAGGGCCAAGGUGUACUUUGCCUCCCUGCUGACGGUGGCUCUGCACGGGAAGCUGGAAUACUACACAGACAUCAUGCGAACCCUGCUGCUGGAGCUGAUGGAGGAGUACGUCCAGAGCAAGAACCCCAAACUGAUGCUGCGCAGAUCUGAGACGGUUGUGGAAAGGAUGCUGUGUAACUGGAUGUCCAUCUGCCUUUACCAGUUCUUGAAGGACUCCGCAGGCGAGCCCUUGUACAAACUGUUUCGAGCCAUCAAGCACCAGAUUGAAAAGGGGCCCGUAGACGUGAGAGUGAAGAAAGCCAAGUACACCCUGAACGACACCGGCCUGUUGGGUGAUGAUGUGGAGUACUCCAUCCUGACCCUGCAGGUGCUGGUUCAGGGCGAGGGUCCAGAUGUGACUCCUGUCAAGGUGCUGAACUGUGACACCAUCUCACAGGUGAAGGAGAAGAUCAUCGAGCAAGUGUACAGAAACGUACCGUACUCCCAGAGGCCCAAGGUGGACAGUGUCACCCUGGAGUGGCGCCCCGGCUCAACAGGGCAGAUUUUAUCAGACCUGGACUUGACCUCCCAGAAAGAAGGCCGGUGGAGGCGCAUCAACACUCUAGCGCACUACAACGUGCGGGACAAUGCCACGUUAGUUUUGUCCCGAGUGGUUCACACGCAGCACAGCUACGACCAGAACCAUGAAAAUCACGAAGAGCGAAACGCUCUGUUGGAAGACGAUAAAGUGUUUCACUUAGUGAGGCCAGCAGAUGAAUUGGACGAGAUCAAAUCUAAACGAGGAAGUAUAAAGGACAAGUCCAUGACCAAAGCCAUUACAGAAAUCUACCUGACACGACUUCUUUCUGUAAAGGGAACGCUACAGCAGUUUGUGGAUGACUUUUUCCGCAGUGUGCUGUGCUCUGGGGCUGUGGUCCCAGCAGCAGUCAAAUAUUUCUUUGACUUUCUGGAUGAGCAAGCACUGAAACACUGUGUGGAUGAGGAGACCAUCCAUAUCUGGAAGACUAAUAGCCUGCCUCUGAGAUUCUGGGUGAACAUCCUCAAGAAUCCUCACUUCAUCUUCGAUGUCCACGUGUCCGAAGUGGUGGACGCUUCGCUGUCCGUCAUUGCCCAGACCUUCAUGGAUGCUUGCACCAAGAGCGAGCACAAACUCAGUCGGGACUCUCCAAGUAACAAAUUACUCUAUGCAAAGGAGAUCUCCACCUACAAGAAGAUGGUGGACGACUACUACAAGGGCGUCAGGCAGAUGGUCCCCGUCAGUGAUCAGGACAUGAACACUCAUUUGGCAGAAGUGUCACGGUCUCACACGGACAAACUUAACACACAAGUGGCCCUCCAUCAGCUUUACCAGUAUGCCAGCAAAUACUACGACGGGAUCAUCGCCUCCCUGGAUGAGGAUCCGGCGGCCCAGAGUAAACAGCUGACCCUGAGGCUGCAGCAGAUUGCAACUGCCCUGGAAAACAAAGUGACUGAUCUCUAACCCACUGAGGCAAAUGAGGGAAGAAGGAGGAAUGGAGGGAUUUCGCCAGUGACUACAGGGGCUUAUUUCUUAUUAUCUGUGCAUAAAUAAUGGAAAUAAGAGAUCUGAGAGGGGACUCAUUUAUGUGUGUACAUCGUGCGGCUCGGCCCUGAAGCAUCUUUCUGAUCUGUGAGUGGCAGGGACUAAUUAAACGCAUGUGGGGAGCAAAAAAUACAAAAAUAAACGAGGGGAAGGAAAAAGACGGGUUCCUCCGUCAUAGGUACGCCUUAAAUCUCACUUGCCAAAAUUUAAAUGUCUGAGCCCUCUCUCAUGCUUCACUGGGUGUUGCUCCCACAAUGCAGUGUGGCGGACCUUUCUGGGAGAAUUAAGCCCCCCUGUGGAGCACUGGUAUAACAGAUAAUCAGAUGUUGAAUUUCUCUCUGUGUGGAAAAGAGUUAUAUUAUAUAUUUUUUUUAUUGUGCAGUCUUUAUGCGGAAAGCUUUAUAAGGAAAAAAUAUCUUUUUAACUGGAUCACUUUGUGGUGCGAACAGUGUUUUUAUUAGCCUGUGUGUGUGUGUCUGUGUGCGUAUGUGUGUAUUUGCGUGAACAUGUGAAGAAAAAGCGUAUGUUACUAGAUUGAAGUGUGUGAUGGGAUGCUUUGUGGACUGUGUGGGAAUGGGCGUGCACACACAGGAUGCUUAUUUUCAGGCGUGAGGGCGAAGGGACGCCUGCUUUUCUGUCAUUUUGAAUUCCCCAAACUCAGACGAACCCGGGAGCCUGCGCUCGCCAUGAGCUUUACGUUGGAGAACAAAGGGCCCUCGCAGGGGACGCCGGUUAAUCUAGCGAUGUUCAGGCUCACGCGACUGACAGGUCGCCAGUGGUUUUAGAAACAUUUCAGUUGAAUUUUCUGCUUUUGACGCAGAUUCGCUUCGAGCUUGAUUGCCACUUGUGCUUGUGGAAAUCAAUAAUAGCACAGUCUGUCUCCCUUUAUUGUACAGUGCCAUGAAACAUUCCACUUAAAGCCGAAGCACAGAGGGACAUUUCAUUUUUGUAUGAAACAUUACAGUAAAUCACUGAUUUCUUUUUUCUAAACAUUUUUCUUUGCAAUAAAACUUUCUUUUCUUUGAAAAAGAAACCCUUUUUUCUUUCGUGGAGCCAUGUUACUCAUGUUAGCCCUGCAAUAAUAAUAACAGUAUCACACGAGAGCCACAGGAAACCGUUACAUAAUCUUUACAAAGUAUUUAUCGUAGCAAUUCAGCAAUAUGUUCAACAAAAAUCCAAAUUGAUUUAAGCAUUGUAUUUAUAGAUUUUAAAACUACGUUAUCUUUUUCACUAUUAUCACUGCAAUGUUGAAAAUAAUCGUCAUGACUUUUUGCCUCUAAAGCUAUAAAAUAGCCUAAUGCUGAUAUUAAUAAUCUGCCACAGAAUGCAGUUGGUACUGCAAUAGUAUGUUCUGAACAAACUAUACAAUUCCUUUCUAUUAUUUGUAUGAUUUUGGGGUGAUUGAGUGUACAUAAUAGCGAGGGUAAUUGAACCAUUGACAUGUCAGUGUCGGAGGGUGGACAGGGUUGGACUGAGACUUUGAUAUUCCUUAGGCCAUUAAACACCAUCCCUAAAUUGUAGGUCUUGCUGUUGACAGAUGAUUUAAUUGUCCUCUCUUGUAUCUGAUCAUGGAUGCGUGCGUGUGCUUGACACAGAGCAGCAAGCUCCAGAGACCCCAGAAUGUUAACGAUUCCUGCCUUGGCUAGAGUGACGUUUUGCACAGACCUCGAGCCUGCUCGUCUGCCGUCUCAGCAUGGCGCUCCGGCAUCCCGGCUAACAGCAUUUGGCACUGCCCACUCAGUGCGAUGCAGAGUGGCACUCUGUAUAAUGGAAUCAGCAGGGGAGGCUUUUGAUCUUAAUUGCAUGCCGACUGCAGACUCCAUCCUUGUCUCCUCUGUUGUUUACUGGUGACUCCUUUCUUACUGACAGAGUUGAUGCAAGAAGCUUCUUUCAGAGCCUUUCUUUAACCAAAAAUGUGCCUUACUGAAUAGGAUAAUACAUAUAAAUUGUGUCUAAAUUAUUCUGUUGGUAACCUAGGUGACUAUGAUGAUAAUAGUACUAUAGACACAGCAAUGUAUUUGGACUUGUGAUCUUAUGUGUGCUGUCUAAAAUGCUAGAUGCCCUGCUGCAGCCAGCUGCGUGCCAAUAGGCUGAAGACAUUUCAGUAUGAUUUUGUUUAUGGUCGCAGUUUUGAUGUGUGCAUUUCAUUUGGGUGUCUUUGGUGUGUGCUUACUAGGACUUUGAUGGCUAAAGCAAAAGGUCUAAAUGAAUAAAUGUAAAAGAGUGGCCAAUUGGAUGUGGAUUUCCCUUAGAAAUGUCUGAUAUUCCUAAAUUUGUCUGAAGACAAAAGGGCAUCCUGGUGUUCAAUUGAAUAUAGCGCAAAACUGUUGCGAUAGUGUUUUUCUUUUGCCCUGUGUUUCUAGGCUAUUCUACAGUGUGUACGAUAAACGACUAUCUAUACUCGACAAAUGACCUUUCUUACUGCUGUGCAGUUAUUUUUAUUUCCUGUUUCCUAAACCAUAUGAAUCUUUGUAAAACAAGUUGAAAUACUGUAUUCUAACUGUAUUACCCUAUGCAUUGGUUCCUGGAGAUAAAAAACAAAAGAGAAAAAAAACUGUUUGCUGUUGUCGAGAAUCCUCUCCCCCAUUCUGAAACUUGUGAAUGUGCUGUAAUGACAAAAGAAACUUGGGACACUCAUUUUGAAAACAGGUGCAGUAAUGGAAGCCACUGUUUUUCUCCCCAUCCAAGGCAGCUCGGAAGAUUUUCGAUCUCUCACCAGAUCUGGCUGUGCUGGAUGAGACUAAUUUUAUGAAAUGUGUGGACGGAGCAGUUACCCACCGGUUUCAUCAUACACUCCUCCGUGAAUAAACUCAGAGACAUAUAUACCCUU